CUCCACUGGUUUAGUACGACGCACCGUUGGCGUCAGGAGUACUUACAUAUUGCGGUAGCGCUAAUUGCAAGUGCUACCUUGUAUCAACGUCUGGUGCCCCUACAAACACUAGCAUCCUUUGCGGUGCUUCACUCUUCGCGAUGAGUGCGAAACAUGACGACGACACCAAGGUCGUAAGGGCUGUCGACACUGAAGGCUCGCCGUCGCCGCCCACAUACGAUGGCGCAAGCGUGCAAGACGAUCAGGCGUAUGUCUACGAUGAAUCGCAGAAACUUGGAUACACUGCGACUGUCUUCGUCAUCUUGAACAAGAUGAUUGGUACCGGAAUCUUUUCUACUCCCUCUGGUAUUUUUGCAAUUACUGGCUCGGUCGGAGUGUCUCUCUUCCUAUGGAUCAUCGGCGGUUUCCUGACCUUCUGCGGUCUCUCCGUAUUCAUGGAGUUUGGCCUUGCCAUCCCACGAUCUGGAGGCGAGAAGAACUACCUCGAGCGUGUGUACCGUCACCCCAAGUACAUGGCGACAUGUGUUCUCGCUGCGCAAAUGCUUUUGCUUGGGUUCUCCUCUGGCAACAGUCUUGCUUUCGGCCGCUAUGUGCUCUUCGCUUCAGGAUCUGAGUCACCCGACGGAUGGGCUGCACGUGGCAUUGCCAUCGCUUGUGUUACCUUCUCGGUCGGACUGCACUCUGUUGCUCCAAAGUGGGGCAUUCGUCUCUUCACCGUGCUCGGAUUCUUCAAGGUCUUCAUUCUCUUCUUCAUCGUCUUCUCCGGCUUUGCUGCGCUAGCUGGCCAUCUUAAGAUUGAUCAACCGCACAACUUUGACAAUGCAUUUGCCCUCGAGAUCGGUGACGGAUAUGGCGGUGGCGGAGCUUAUGGAUACUGCCAGGCGUUGCUCCGCAUCGUGUACUCAUACAAAGGAUGGGAGAAUGCCAACUACGUCCUCGGCGAGAUCCGCAACCCCAAAAAGACAUUGGCUUGGUCUGCUCCCCUAGCCAUCGGAGGAACCACCAUUCUCUACGUCCUCGUGAACGUCGCAUACUUUGCCGCCAUUCCCAAGUCGGAUCUUGCAAAGAGCGAAGUUAUCGUCGCAGGUCUCUUUUUCCGCAACGUCUUUGGCAACAGCGCCGGCGCACGCAGCUUACCCGCCUUUGUCGCACUGAGUAACUUGGGCAACGUCCUCGCCGUCAGUUUCGCACACGCCCGCCUGAACCAGGAAUUUGCAAAGGAAGGUCUUCUGCCCUGGUCUCGCUUCUGGGCUUCGAUGAAGCCAUUCAACGCACCUGCGCCAGCACUCUUCCUGCACUGGCUCAUCACCGUCAUCGUGCUUGUCGCACCUCCAGCUGGCCCUGCGUACAACUUCAUCACGGAUCUGUACACGUACCCUGGCGCCUGGAUCAACGGAUUCGUCGCCGCUGGACUGAUUUACCUGCAAUUCAAGAAGAGCGAGCAAUGGUCGUCACCAUGGCACACGUUCCUUCCGAUUUCUGUCAUCUACUUGCUGGCGAACGUUUUCCUCGCGCUCGUGCCAUUUAUUCCUCCGGAUGGUGAUCGCAACGCUGAGGGCUAUCCAUGGAUUGUGUUCCCCGUGGUUGGUGUGGGUGUUUUGCUGCUUGGAGUGGUGUACUGGGCUUGCUGGACAAAGGUGUGGCCCAAGAUUGGCGGGUACAAGAUUGUCAGCGAGAGGUAUGAAGACUCGCAGGGCAACGAGCAUAUUCGCUAUGUCAAGCUGUAUGCGAACAAGCAACACUAGAUGGAGUCGUGAGCGGAAGUGAAGGACAGCUUGGGGAGGUGACAGUAAUGCAUAUCCCCGGACCAGGAUUUCACUGGUGAUUCGACGAA